CUAGAGCUCCCCGUUUAACGAAUAAGGUGAUCCUGCAACCCUAAUUUCUGAUUUGAUUUUCAGUGCAAGUGCGCUGAGAGAGAGAGAGAGAGAGAGAGAGAGAGAGAGAUGGGGAUGAGUAGAGGGGGGCUGGCGCCGUACGUGGCGAUGGUGGGAAUGGAGGUGGCAAAGGGGGGGCUGGUGAUAGCAGCGAAAGAAGCAGUGUUGAGUGGGAUGAGAAGCUUCGGCUUCGUCUUCUUCUCCAACGCUCUGGCUACUCUCCUCCUCCUUCCGUCCUCCUUUCUCAUCCACCGAUCCCGCCCUCCUCUCACUCGUCGCCUUCUCUGUGAAUUCUUCUUGCUAGGGGUAAUCGGGUGCUCGGUGCAGGCCGUUGGGUAUGCAGGAUUUCAGUACACUCCAGCGUCGUUUGCGUCGGCGAUUAUGAGCCUCACCCCUGGAUUCACCUUCAUUCUCGCCAUUAUUUUGGGGAUGGAGAAAGCAGAUUGUGGAAGCUCAAGUACAGUGGCUAAAUCCAUAGGAACAGCAGUUUCAAUCGCCGGUGCAUUCAUUGCCACUCUCUAUCAAGGCCCUCUUCUUUUCAACCUCGCAAUUGCUUCAAAUUCUUCUUCAAACUCCUCUCCCCACCAUCUUCUUGCUCCUCAAACUAACAUGCUUCUCGGAGGCUCCCUCCUCGCUCUCGACUGUGCAAUAUCUGCAGUUUUCGUCAUUGCAAUGGCAUUGUUGAUGAAGAAAUACCCAGCAGUGCUGAUCAUACUGUUCUUUUACUGCCUUUCCGUUACAAUUCUAUCUGCCGGACUCUCUUUGAUUUUUGAAGGAUCCCAUGGUUCUUGGAGCUUGCAACCUACUUCUAGAUUAUUGUCUAUUCUUUACGCGGGAGUUCUUGGGGGUUCAUUCCAAGUUGGGGUUUGUAUAUGGUGUGCUCAUCAAAAGGGCCCUUUCUUUGUGGCUAUGUUCCAUCCACUGGGGAUCAUCACUUCGGCAGUCAUUGGCAUCAUUCUCUUGGGAGAUUCCUUCUACUUAGGAACUUUGUUGGGAUCGGUUGUUAUUAUCAUUGGGUUCUACUGUAUAAUCUGGGGCAAAGCCAAAGAAGGGAAGCCCAUCGAUGAGCAGCAGCAGGGGGUCAGUGGCCUGCAGGAACCAAUCCCAGAAGAAAAGGCUCCGCUAUUAUUGGGAAACCAUGUUUGAGCAAACUUAAUUAGAAGAGUUUGCAAACUGUAUCCUCCAUAAAUAAUAUGCUUCCAAAGAGAAGUGGCUUUGUAUCAGUUUCAAGGAUCACUUGUUGCAGUUUGUUUUGGUUUCCCUUUCUCAUUUUCACACUGAGUGUCC